AAUCUUUGGAGACUGAUAGACCCCCCUCCCCACUUCCACCAAAAGGCAGAGACAACAAAAGAAAGUAUAUUUUGAGCAAAAACAAGAGUCCCUCACUGCCAAGAUGCUUGCUCCAAGGUGCCGUCUCCACGUUCUGCUGUUUGUGACUCUGGUAGGAGAGAGAGUCCUGGGGUUUUCCCUGCUGUCUUUACUCACUGACUCGGACCCAGACUGGACUCCAGACUCCUAUUAUUACAACGAUGAUUAUUAUGACAACCAGGAGGAGAGCACCAGCAGCAGUCCUGCCUACUCUGAGAAUCCUGACUGGUACUACACAGACGAUGAUCCGUGCCAGUCUAACCCCUGUGAGCAUGGUGGGGAGUGUGUGGUCAGAGGGAAGACCUUCACAUGCACCUGUCCAGCCCCUUUCUACGGAAACAGGUGUCGCAAUGCACAUAACAAGUGCAAGAAAAAUUCCUGUGGGCGGGGUGAAUGUCUCGUUACUCAGAGUCCUCCCUAUUACCGCUGUGUCUGCAAACACCCUUACAGAGGAGCAGACUGUUCCACAGUGAUUCCUGCCUGCUGGCCAAAUCCCUGCCAAAAUGGCGGCACCUGUACCAGGAAUCGGCGGAGAUCCAAGUUUACCUGUACCUGUCCCCACCCGUUCAAGGGGAAGUUCUGUGAAAUAGGUUCUGAUGACUGCUAUACCGGUGAUGGCUACUCAUACCGUGGGAAAGUGAGUAAGACAGUCAACCAGCACACGUGCCUUUACUGGAACUCCCACCUCCUCUUGCAGGAGAACUAUAACAUGUUCAUGGAGGAUGCUGAGGUCCAUGGGAUUGGAGAGCACAACUUCUGUAGAAACCCAGACGGAGACAAGAAGCCCUGGUGUUUUGUUAAAGUAAACAGUUCAAAGAUCAAGUGGGAGUACUGUGACAUCUCCACAUGCUCAGUCCUUGACACUGUCGAUCCAGAAGCAAGCCUCCCUGGCCCCUCGGCCAACUUGCAGGGCUUUGACUCAUGUGGGAGGACAGAGAUUGCAGAUACAAUGGUCAAGCGGAUCUACGGAGGCUUCAAGAGCACGGCGGGCAAGCACCCCUGGCAGGCGUCCCUGCAGACCUCACUGACACUGACCGUCUCCAUGCCCCAGGGCCACUACUGUGGUGGGGCUCUGAUCCAUCCCUGUUGGGUGCUCACUGCUGCCCACUGUACUGAAAUAAAAGCCAAAUACCUUAGAGUAGUGUUGGGAGACCAAGACCUGAAGAAGACAGAAUUCCAUGAGCAGACCUUCGGAGUGGAGAAGAUCAUCAAAUACAGUCACUACAAUGAGAGAGACGAGAUUCCACACAAUGACAUUGCUUUGCUCAGACUGAAGCCAGUGGAUGGUCACUGUGCCCUGGAAUCGAAGUAUGUUAAGACAGUGUGUUUGCCGGAUGGUCCCUUUCCCUCAGGGACUGAAUGUCACAUCUCUGGCUGGGGUGUCACAGAAACUGGAGAAGGGUCCCGCCAGCUCCUGGAUGCCAAAGUCAAGCUGAUUGCUAACAGUUUGUGCAACUCUCGCCGGCUGUAUGACCACAUGAUCGAUGACAGCAUGAUUUGUGCUGGAAACCUUCAGAAGUCUGGGACAGACACCUGCCAGGGUGAUUCUGGAGGCCCUCUGACCUGCGAGAAGGAUGGCACCUACUUUAUCUACGGGAUUGUGAGCUGGGGCCUGGAGUGUGGGAAGAAACCUGGGGUCUACACCCACGUCACCAAGUUCCUGAAUUGGAUCAAAGCCACCAUCCAAAGGGAGGGUGGUUUCUGACCUGCCCUUUGAACCACAGAGCUAUCGUCCUUAACAUUUGGCAAGGCAAGGCUCAAGGGCAACAGUGGACGUUCCUCAGAGCCUCUGGGAGUCCAAAGUACAGAGGUCCACACUCAGAGCAGAGACAGUGCCCCAGAGCUGCAGCUCCACCAUUUCCCAGACUCUCUCUUGAGUCAUGUGAGAAAUGACAGCAUCACCAAAAACUGAAUCUGCCUACUGCCCUUUUGACAACUGCACCAUCCAGAAAAUCAGACCUACAGACUGUCUCUGCCAUGGGCAUUUGCACAUGGGGGCUUGAGAUGGUCCAACAUGAGUGGAAAUUUCCCUUGCAAUUUUCUUGCUCACCCCAGACACUCAGGGGGCACCUCCUUCCCACCCACCCACUUCUAAACAGAAGACCAGACAGACAACAUUCUCAAUCCAUCCACAGUUGCUGUUUUUAAUAAAGGUGGAUCUGGGGAUGGGCCAGCAUGUCACUCUUA